CUUUCAUCCAAACGGAGAGAAGAACGCUGGAAGACAAAAGCCUGGAACAAGCAAGCAUCACACGAGAAUUCUUUUCUCCGACUUGCCACGAGGCCUCGUUCCAUGACAUCUGAAAAAUCCCCUUCCCUCCCUCACCUGGGGCCAGGUGAGCUGGCUUUGUUGAAUCUUGCGACCGAUGAUCCACGCGAUACGGUAUCGUUGUCGGACAAGGAGGCUUUGAUCCUGCAGCUUUAUCACCAGAUCCAGGAACAGCAACUGGAAAAGGCACUACUUGAGCAAGAUACAGAUCUGCUCUCGGGUGAUGAUGCUGAAGAGCAACUAGCCAUAGCGGAACGCGAGCUACUGGAGGCGAGAGCCACCUACACAGUCAGGAGAAAGGCUGUGGGAACUGUUCUUAUGACUGAUCCUGCCCUAAAAGCCGUUCAUCUGAAAGCCACCACUCCAGCCGAAAGGGUUCUUUUCCGGCUGAUCAAUCGUCGCGAUGUGCUCUCUAUCGUGCAUGAAAAUCUAAAUGCUAUGCAGACGGCGACUUUUCGAAAGCUCACGGGGCUGGAGGUAGAGAAUAUUCAGCUCCACCAGAAGAAUCAAGAGCUGGUCCGCGAAUUAUUGUCGCUCAGGGAGGAUGAUGAAUCCUGGAAGGAGGACCUUGAUGACCCGGAGCUCCAGGGGCAGCUCGAGCAAUUGGAAACCGAUCACCGCAAAAGCAAAGCGAGAUGGGAGGUGAUGAAAAGUAUCGCAAGUGCUAUGGUGGUAGGGAGCGAAGUCAACUGGGCUGAAGACGAAACGCUCACAGCCUUGGUUUUAGAUGAGUCUGACGAUUGAUGUAUGAUACUGUAACU